AUGGAAGACUCCUCUCUUUUCUAUAGUUUCAUCAUAGGCGCCUUAGCAGCCUUCACCAUAGCCACCAUCUAUUUCUGCAUCAUCUCCAUCCUCCGCCACCGCCGGUUCUUCGCCGACGCCGGUCAAACACCAAAAAUCGACGAUAUUGAGAACCAAAGGAUUAUUUUUGAAUUUCAAAACGGAAAAGGGGAUGGCUUUGUCGGCGGUAAGGGAGAUCAGAUGUGUGCGGUGUGCCUGUCGAAGUUCAAUGACGGCGAGGAUAUCAAACUCUUGCCGGAAUGCAAGCACUGCUUUCAUGUUCAGUGCAUCGAUAUGUGGCUUCAGUCGCAUUCAAGUUGUCCGUUGUGUCGAGUCAAGACUAAGACGGUGACUGAGAAGAAUAAGGAGAACGUUAAAGAGGCAUCGCCGGCCGGUAACUGCGGCGAGAAAGGUGGUGGCUGGACGGCUUCAUGGUUUUGGUGGACGGUGGCUGAAGAUUCAGUUAUUUGGAUUUAG